UUGCGAAAUAAYAAGAGCCCGCGAUCUCAGAUCAAGAACCAAGAUGGCGGCUCGUGACAGGAAUGGAAGUCUUGGAUCUGACGGGGUUUUAGGCAAUGAACACGAAGCUGAUGGCCAAUUUGAAGACGAAAUUGGUUUAGAUUUAGAAGAUGAAGAACAAAAUAUUGAGCUAGCGUCCAGUGCGCCCCCAGAUGAUCAAUGGUACCAUGGAAUGCUUGACAGAGCAAAAUGUGAAGAAAGAUUAAAUGCUGAUGGUCGCCAAGGAGCUUAUCUUGUCCGUCAAAGUGACCGCAAGACGGACACAUUCUCCUUAUCGUACUUGAGUAAAAAUGGUAUAAGUCACUUUAGGAUUACAGCAGUUUGUGGGGACUACUACAUUGGUGGCCGUCAAUUUGAUUCMUUGUCUGACCUGAUUGGCUAUUACACAAAGUGGUCUUGUUUACUCAAAGAUGAGCAACUUGUUUACCCUGUACCACCCUUCGAGCCUGUGACUGGCAAGAAAAGGGUUGUUGCCAAAUAUACUUAUAACAAAACACCAGAUACUGAUGAACUAAGCUUUUGCAAAGGUGAUGUGUUUGUUGUUGAUAAYGUCAUUGAUAAUGAUUGGUUGUGGGUCACCUCUCAAAAGAACAAAGAAAAAGGWCUUGUGCCUGCUAGCCUUGUAGAAGAUGCUAAACCUGAGCUGGAUCCAUACGCUGGAAAACUGUGGUUUUUUGGUGACAUUACUAAAGAGGGAGCUCAAGAGCUUUUACUUAGAGAUGGUGCAGUAGGCAGUUUUCUGAUCAGACCAAGCGACAAAUCCCCAGGGGAUUACUCACUCAGUUUAAGGUAUCAAGAUGGUAUUACAAGAUUUCUUAUUCGKCAGCAAGGCUCACAGUGUCUUAUGGGUGGCAGGCUGUUUGAMAGUAUUGAUGAUGUUGUGAAGAGGUACAAGCAUGAGCACAUAGUUGAGGGAUUGUCUCUUAAAGAACCAGUAACCAGGCCACAGUCAUGGAACAUCCCUCAUAGACCGCUGACUGCCAGCCGUUCGAGUGACGUCAUGGAUGGGUUUACGUUUACAAAUCUAAACACCAGAUCAGGGAGUGUUGGUCCGUCUAUUAUCAACACAAGUCAACAAGCAUCCAARCGUGGUUAUCUUGUUAAGAAAGGGCAUCGUAAUAAAUGGAAAAGGAUGUUUUUUGUUCUUAAUGGACUUGAACAGCGUCUGUCAUUCUUUGAGAACGAAAAGCGCACCAAGCCAAAGGGUUUGCUUGACCUGACUUUCUCGACUGUUUACAUUGUGCAUGAAAACUUCUUUGGAAGACCAAACUGCUUCCAAGUGGUGGUCCGAGCGCUUGGCGAAUCAAGAAUGACGUAUCUUUGUGCGGAUACGCAAGACCAGGCUAAUGACUGGAUGGAUGCUAUUCAAAAGUUCUGUGGUAAGUCCAAGUCUACAGAUGCUGACAACGUGGAAGUGAAACAACUUAGAAGUCUAGAACUGAGCGUGAUUGAAGCGCAUAAACUUCCCCAGAACAAAGUUUCCCACGUGUACUGCUUUAUCUCGCUGAACGAAGUUAAAACGUGCCGUACGAAAACGUACGAAGGACAGAAGCCCCUGUGGAAUGAAGAUUUUAAAUUCAAUGAUCUACCAGCAGAUGUGGGGUGUGUAACCGUCAGCUUGUACAACAAGAGUUGGCAUUCAAAAGACAUCUUAAUUGGCUCUUGUACUCAAGCACUUCAUAAGCUCCCCAAGGGACAGACAAAGGAYGAUUGGUAUCCAUUAUGUGCACAUAACAGCAGGACAGAAGUAGGGACAAUAAGACUGAGAAUCAARUUCACGCAUGAAAUCAUUAUGCCUGUUCAAGAGUACGACAGUCUAAAGGAGAUUUUGAUGGAUAACGAGCUUGUAGCUGUCACUGCUUUGGGUCAGAUUUGUAAAGACCGCGUAUUGUUAGCGUCCACACUACUCAAGAUCUUUAGACAUGAAAAGCAAGAAAUAUUUUUACUGAAAACAAUGAACGCUAAAGAAAUCGAAAACCAAGACGAGCAGAGCACGUUAUUUCGUGGAACAUCGCUUGCUACAACCUUAAUGGACCAAUAUAUGAAGAUGGUAGCUAUUCCUUACUUACAACAGACCAUUAAGGAUGUCAUCAUAAAGAUACUGGACUGUAAGCAAUCUUGUGAGCUCAAUCCAACCAAGAUGGAGAAAGGCGCUGAUACUGUGGUGAACUUAAAACAACUCCUGGAAUUCCUAUUUGAAGCAAUAGAUGCGAUAUUCAAUUCUGCAAAUAACUGUCCACUGACGCUUCAAUACCUGUUCGGCUGUCUGCAGCAAAAUGUCAAAGACAAAUGGAUCGACCACAARACUGUAAGAACUAGAGUUGUGAGUGGGUUUUUAUUCCUUCGGCUGUUUUGUCCUGCCAUCAUGAAUCCCAAGAUAUGUAAUCUUAUGUCAGAAUUACCAUCGUCAACAGCAGCAAGAACGCUCACCCUCGUUGCAAAAUGUUUACAAAAGCUUGCUAAUCUCGUCGACUUUGGAGCUAAGGAGGCGUGCAUGACUCCAGUUAAUCCAUUCAUGCAGAAGUAUAAGGAUAAAGUUGUGGAGUUCAUUGAUCAAAUAUCGUCCAUUAACGAAUGCCCCGAUACGCACGAACAAGUGUCCUCUGACCCGGCACGUGAUUUGGCUGCCUUACAUGACAUUUGUGUUGUGUAUGAAGAAGAUCUUAUCCUACAGGGUGGUACACAGCCUAUUCUAAGAAAGCUGGUUUCAAUAACCAAAGCACUGCAUCAAAGAGAACAGCGAUAUAUUCACGACUCAAGAUAAUAUACAGUCUUAUAGAAAGGUUUUAUAAUUUCCCAUCCAAAUUGAAUUUCUCAGAAAACGUUGCCAAGUCUAAUUUAAAAAAUCUCUUUGAUAAGAUAUGACAAAUUUAUUGACAUAGUUGAGUUGAGUUUCCAAAGUGUCACGUGAUGAACUAAUUGUUGAUUGGUUGAAAUUUGUUGUCACGUUAAUGCCGAAACGAUUCUUUAAAAAUUAGUUAAAAAUAUAAUUUAGAGCUCUUAUAACAGGAGUUAAAAAGUCUCUUUGAUUUCCAAGAAAUGAUGAGCAUUGUAAAUAGAAUAAUAGUAUGAAAAAAAUCGCUUAGUUUGAACUCAUAGAGUAGACAUCCGUUGAGCAGCCUUAUAUGUCUUCUUCUAUCUUUUAUUUUAUUUUUGAUACGUUUAAAUUCUCAUUAUAUAGACCUGUUAAAUGAAGAUGAAGUAUGACCUCUUUUGCUUUAAGAUGCGCUAAUAGUUGAGCUUUGUCGAACCUAGGCUUUCACGGAUAGCUACUACAAAGGUAACCCACCCAGUAAUAUUUCUUUAUGUGAGCUUGAAAUUUGAUUUAGAUUUAUCAAUAGGAAAAUGCAUACCUACAUGCAUUUCUUACAAUCAGAAAUCGUUAUCAAACGUUUUAAUGGAUGUUGUAGCAGUUAUAUCUACUUUAUUAGACCAUAUCAUAAAAAUAUAAUUUAAUUUAAUUAUAGAACAAUUUUAAAUAAARCAGUCAAGCAAUAGAGAAGUUAAAUAAUAAUUGACAGAGAAAAAUGUAAGUUAGCAAUCAAAUAAUAGACUAAAACAGUUAAUGUAGUAUUCCAGUAGUUUCCUGUUAAUCCAAUCAUGACUCUACUACAAAAAUAACUCUACAAACGUCUUAUCAAGUUGUUUAUUACAUAAUGGAGAUAUUUUAAUAAUGAAAUAAUAAAAGAAAAUAUAAAUA